ACUCUCUCUCUCUCUAAAAAGUUUCCAUCACUCUCUCUCUCUGCAUUUCUUCUACUUUGGUGUUUGGUCUGAGCCUUUUCAGUUUCUAUUCGUUGUGGAAACUGGGGCCUUUUUUUGGGCUACACACACACACUUGUACACUUUUCUUUCAAGUCCCCCUGAUUCUCUGGUUGGCAUUCUUGGACUUCAUGUCAUCCUUACAGACAUAUGAGUUUCAAUUUUGGCCAUUAAGUUGGCAUCUUUACAGCUGAUCUGUAGUUUUGGUAUUGAAUCUUAAGUUGGGGAUUGUCCCCUUUUUUUCCAGUAAUUUUGAAUAUAAAUAUGCCUUCAUGGUGGGGGAAGUCUUCAUCCAAAGAAGAAAAGAAGAAAGCAACCAAGGAAAGUUUUAUUGAUACGAUAAACCGCAAAUUAAAGAUUGCAUCUGAAGAAAAAUCCAGAAGUAGAUCAGGAGUUGCUGGGAGACGUUAUAAUGACACUGUUUCAGAAAGGGGAUCUCUAUCCCGUGUGCCGUCAAGAUCACCAUCACCCACAACCCUUGUAUCACGUUGCCAAAGUUUUGCAGAAAGGCCUGCCCAGCCACUUCCACUUCCGGUGGCUCACCUUGCUAGUCUUGGGCGCAGUGAUUCCGGAAUUAGUGCAUCAACAAAACCAAAAUUUGACAGAAGCGCCAAGACAUCACUGAUUUUACCCCUUCCAGCAUCUGGAUGUGUCCCUAGCAGGUUGGAUUCUACUGAUGCCGAGGGAGAUUUAGCAGCUGGUUAUUCUUCCGACAGCUCCAGUGAUAGUGAUGACCCAUCAGAUUCUCGUCUCCUUAGUCCCUUGACAUCUGACUAUGAAAAUGGAACCAGAACUGCCUCGACCAGCCCUUCAAGUGUAAUGCAAAAGGAUAAAUCCCCUGCAAUCAAUCAGAAGAGCACUAGAGAGGCACUGAAACCAUCUAGUCUUUUGUUCAAUAAUAAGACUCUUUCUACAUCACCUAAACAGAGACAUCUGGGCUCCCAUGUGCAAAGUUUACAAAUUCCUUAUGCUUAUGCUCCGUUUAGUGCUCCAGACAGCUCAAUGUCAAGUCCUUCUACAAGUCCGAUGAGAGCGUUCAGUACAGAACAAGUUUUGAAUGCUGGAUUUUGGAUAGGAAGGCCUCAUUCAGAUAUAGCUUUACAAGGAUCUGGACAAUGUUCUAGUACAGCCUCAGGCCAUAACUCUGGGCCUAACUCAGUUGGUGGGGAUAUGUCGGGUCAGCUAUUUUGGCCACAUAGCAGGUGUAGCCCUGAGUGUUCUCCAAUACCGAGCCCUAGAAUGGCAAGCCCUGGUCCCAGCUCCAGAAUACACAGUGGUCCUGUCACUCCUUUGCAUCCAGGAGCUGGAGGGGCUGUUAGUGAGUCUCCUAAUGGCCGGCCUGAUGAUGUGAAACAACAAAGCCACCGAUUGCCCCUUCCCCCUAUAACAAUCUCUAAUACUUGUCCUUUUUCGCCCUCAUAUUCAACUGCAACAUCUCCAUCAGUCCCUAGAAGUCCAGGGAGGGUAGAAAAUCCAAUGAGCCCUGGUUCACGCUGGAAGAAAGGCCGAUUGCUGGGAAGAGGCACAUUUGGACAUGUCUACCUUGGUUUUAACAGUGAAAGUGGUGAGAUGUGUGCUAUGAAGGAGGUAACUCUAUUUUCAGAUGAUGCAAAGUCAAAAGAAAGUGCACAACAACUGGGGCAAGAAAUUGCAAUGCUGAGUCGCUUAAGACAUCCAAAUAUAGUGCGGUAUUAUGGAUCCGAAAGUGUAGAUGACAAACUUUAUAUAUACUUGGAGUAUGUGUCUGGUGGUUCCAUUUAUAAACUUCUUCAAGAUUAUGGCAAGCUUGGUGAGAAUGCUAUACGCAGUUAUACUCAACAGAUUUUGUCAGGGCUUGAAUAUUUACAUGCUAAGAACACUGUCCAUAGAGACAUUAAAGGAGCUAAUAUAUUGGUAGACCCCAAUGGCCGUGUGAAAUUAGCCGAUUUUGGGAUGGCAAAGCAUAUCACUGGGCAGUCUUGCCCAUUGUCAUUCAAGGGAAGCCCUUAUUGGAUGGCACCUGAGGUCAUAAAGAAUUCAAAUGGUUGCAAUCUUGCUGUUGAUAUAUGGAGCCUUGGUUGUACGGUUUUGGAGAUGGCUACCACCAAUCCACCUUGGAAUCAGUAUGAAGGGGUGGCUGCUAUGUUCAAGAUUGGAAACAGUAAGGAACUCCCUGCUAUUCCUGAUCAUCUCUCGGAUGAAGGGAAGGAAUUUGUGAGGCUCUGUUUACAACGGAACCCAGCGCAACGUCCUACAGCAGCUAUGCUUUUAGAGCACCCUUUUAUUAAAAAUUCUGCCUCAUUGGAAAGACCUAUUUUCAGUGCUGAGCCUGCAGAUGCAAUACCUCCAGUCACAAAUGCAAUGAAAAUACUGGGUGUUGGACAGGCCAGAAAUCUCUCAAGCUUUGACUCAGAAGGGACUAACUACCAGUCCAGGGGAUUAAGAACUGGUUCAGGAUCAAGUGAAGCACAUACUCCUUGGAAUAUGUCAUGUCCAGUUUCGCCCACUGGGAGUCCACUUUUACAUACAAGGUCACCACAGCAUGCUAGUGGAAGGAUGUCUCCCUCUCCAAUAUCUAGCCCCCAUACAGCAUCUGGUUCAUCCACUCCUCUCACUGGUGGAAGCGGUGCUAUCCCAUUUCAUCAAUACCAGCAGCCAACAAACUACUUACAAGAAGCCAUUGCAAUUGCCCCCAGGUCCCAAAACAAUUUCUAUACAAAUGCUAGCAACCCCUAUCAAGAUCCUCGGCAUGAUUUUUUCCGUGGAAUGUCACAAGCCUCUCGUGUUUUCAGGGAAGUUAUUUCAUCUGACGGAGCAACUCAAGUAAACCAGUUUGGACGUCCUGGCAAUGGGGACCUCAGGGAUUUCUAUGACGGACGACUGGUCUUGUCUGAUCAGGUGUCUGAGCAGAUCUUGAGAAAUCAUCCAAAGUUGAACCCUUCUGUGGACUUAAAUCCAAGCUCAUCAAUGCUUGGUCGCAUUAAUGGAAUGUAGUCUUCAAAUGAAGUCUUGAUUAUUGCUCCAAGCAUGCGAAUUCCUGUCUGAUGCUCGACGAUGGUUUUGUCAUAAUCAUUACAAAGAACACCAAUAUGCAUGAGGAAGAAUCAAAUGAACAAGUUGGAUCUUCUGGAAAGCUAGAACAGCAGAAGAAUGAUUUCAGUAUAUAGUGGCUUUGGUGUUCUCAGUCAGUCUGGUGAGUGGUUUUUUCCAUCCUGGCAUCUUGUAUGUUUGGUCCAGUGUCCACUUAAAUGACUCACUCUCUUUGACACAAUGCGGAUGUUUGAAAGAUCUUUUCCCCAAGAAGAGAGCUCGCAGAUACAAGACACGAGGAAGUUUGGUAUUGUAAAGAACUGUAUAUUGUUUUUACACUUGAAACACAGAGGAGUUAGAAAGAAGAGUUAUAUUAAACAUUGGAUUCAUCUUUUUCCUCUUCCCCUCAACUAAAUUUUGGGUGGAAGGAUGGUCAUGGGGUUGUACAGAAGAACCGCAGCUAUAAGUUGAAAGAGUUGCCGGUUGUCUAGAUGGCAGAAUCUGCCUGAUAUUUGACUGUUGUAUUAAGGUUUUUGCUUUUUUCUUUCUUCUUGUCCUCGGCUCAUUGCAGCAACUAGGCCUAAAACCUGUUAUUCUGGCCGAAUUGCUGAUAAUAUUAUAUUUAGUUUAUACUUGUAUCCAUUAAAUUAAAGAAAUCUAUUAUUCCACCUGUACUUCGGAAA